CAGCGCUCGCGCAUUCCUUCAGUCUGAAAACAACCGCGAAUCAGAAACAAACCAAACACAAGCAAACAUGUCUCUCAGCCCGUAUUUCUUCGACUACUCGAUGCCGCAAUGGCCUCGCCGGCUUCUCGACCAGAACUUCGGUCUCGCUUUGACACCUGAAGACCUAUUAGGCGCUGCGACCAGCCCGAUCGUUUCCCGCCUCAAACCCUGGUGGCCACAGGACGGUUCCACCAUCAAAGUCGACAAGGACAAAUGGCAGGUCAACGUGGACGUCCAGCACUUUUCUCCAGACGAAAUCACAGUGAAAACCUCCAACGGAUACAUAGUUGUUGAAGGGAAACAUGAAGAAAAGAAGGAUGAGCAUGGUUUUAUAUCCAGACAGUUCUCGAGAAGGUUCAAGCUGCCGGAAGGCUCUAAUCCUGAUGCUGUACAGUCCAGGUUGUCGUCGGAUGGUGUGUUGACAGUGGUUGCUCCUUUGAAGGCUGAAGAGGCGAAAGGAGAACGAUCUGUUCCGAUCACACACACGGGGCCUGUUAGGAGUGUGAGUGUCACUCAGGAGGCGCCUAAGGAAGCUUAGUGUUUAUAGUUUGUUAAGUGAGACUGAUUUUAUACAUUUAUUAAAUUCUCUUUUUU